UUUUAUAGAUUACAUUUCAAAGAAAUUUGGCGCGGGAGAAAAUCUCAAUUCACAUUCGCAGUCAAAUUCUUCAAAACAAAAUGGACGACCACGAUUUGGAAUUGGAGAAAACUCGGUUGAUAAGCUUGGCUCUUGAUUUUGGGUUCGAUGAAGAAUCAGCAAAGAAGUGCUUGGAUCGUAUGGUUCAACUCUAUGGUGAAGAUGGCCGUGAUUUUAUCACGGUGGAGCACUGUGGUGAUGAUUUCCUUGCGGCCUUAGCUGAAUCGAUGCAAGACACUGAGGAAUGGGACGAUUUACAAGCCAUUGAGUCAGAAGCUUGUGGAACUUUGAAUAACUUGUUUGACAAAGAUGUUCUCAAUAGUCAUGAAGUGGAUAAUGGUGGUAAUGGAAGAAACUACAUCACUGUUAUAGAUGAUUCACCCGAAAAGCAUCCAAAUUUUAUGGAGUUGGAUUCUUCGAGUGACAGUGAAGACUUAGACUUUGGAAUUCGAAAGGAAAAAAAUGUCAAAUCUACCCCUUCUUUUACUGACUGGAGAAGUCCUGUUCUCAACGAAGGUUCAAGUAAAACUUCUUCAAAAUCUGUGGAUUGUAGGAGCAGCAUCACUCAAGGUUCAAUCCCAUCAGUUUCUCAUAAAAAACAUUGCUCCCGAACAUCAAAAGUGGAACAUGAGAUUCUCAGUUAUGAAGUAUUACAGGCUUUGGAUGAUUUUGAAUUGGCAAAUGUUGUAAUAUUUGGUAACAGGACAUUCCGCCCAUUGCAGCAUCAAGCUUGUAAAGCAGCUGUAGCAAAGAGAGAUUGCUUUAUUCUUAUGCCUACUGGAGGUGGUAAAAGUCUAUGUUACCAGCUUCCAGCAACUCUGCAACCAGGUGUUACGGUUGUUGUUUCUCCCUUACUUUCCCUCAUUCAGGAUCAAAUAAUUACUCUGAACCUCAAGUAUGGAAUACCAGCAACUUUUUUAAAUUCUCAACAAACUGCUUCCCAAGCAGCAGCUGUCCUCCAAGAGCUAAGGCAAGAUAAACCAUCAUGCAAGCUCUUAUAUGUAACUCCUGAGAGGAUUGCUGGGAACUUAUCAUUUCUUGAGAUUCUCAAAUGCCUGUGUCGGAAGGGACAACUAGCAGGUUUUGUUGUUGAUGAAGCACACUGUGUAAGUCAAUGGGGACAUGAUUUUCGUCCAGAUUACCGGGGGUUAGGAUGUCUUAAGCAGAAUUUCCCAGAUGUCCCUGUGAUGGCAUUGACUGCCACAGCAACCCAUUCAGUUCGUGAGGACAUAAUGAAAGCUUUAAGAAUCCCUCGCGCUCUGGUUCUCGAGAGGAGCUUUGAUAGACCCAACUUGAAGUACGAAGUUAUUGGAAAGACCAAGGAGCCAUUGAAGCAGCUUGGACAACUACUAAUGGAUCGCUUCAAGAAUCAGUCUGGAAUUGUGUACUGCCUUUCAAAAAGUGAAUGUGCUGAGGUUUCAAAGUUCUUAAAUGAGAAAUGUAAGAUUAAGACAGAAUAUUACCACGCUGGUUUGGCACCUCGCCAGAGAGUUGCUGUUCAAAAGAAGUGGCACAUGGGAGAGGUCCAUAUUGUAUGUGCUACUAUUGCUUUUGGAAUGGGAAUAGACAAACCAGAUGUUCGAUUUGUCAUCCACAAUACAAUGUCCAAAUCGAUUGAAAGCUAUUAUCAAGAAUCAGGUAGGGCGGGAAGAGAUGAUCACCCUGCAGUAUGCAUUGCUCUAUAUCAGAAGAAGGAUUUUAGUCGGGUUGUGUGUAUGUUGCGGAAUGGGCUUAAAUACAAAAAAGAAAGCUUUAAGACAGCAAUGACUCAAGCUCAGAAAAUGCAACAGUAUUGUGAACUGAAGGCUGACUGUCGGAGACAAGCCUUACUCAAUCACUUUGGAGAGUCUUUUGAUCGGAAAGCCUGCAAAUAUGGUUCUAAUCCUUGUGAUAACUGUCUCAAGACUUCCUCGUGAGGACCUCCAUGUUAAUCUUUGUAUGCUACUGAGGUAUGACGCAAUUCAGUACCAAUUUAAUUUACCUUCUUGUUGGGCCCACAUCUCAGUAUAUUGUCCUCAUCACAUCCCACAUGGUUCAAUAAAGGACUGUUUCAUUCUUGACUUUCUGACUAGACAUAAAAAUAGACUUAGUUGCGGAAUUAUGCCCCUAUUGAAGGAAUAAAGCAACUGUGCUGGGUUUUAUCUCAAUCCUUUUUGUCCUUUCAAAUUUUUCUUAACAGUGGUACUGCCAUGCUGUAGCCUUGCUAUACCGAUGGAGGUACCAAAGCCGACCUACUCUUUGUCAAAUGACUAGUAAAAAUCCAUGCCCGCUGUUUGUUUCAGACAUCACCCGCCUUAUUAUCAGAUUUUGUGUCGGGUGCAUGCAUGAGAUUGCGUGUGUGUGUCAUGGGUGUUUGAAUGUGAGGGCUCUGUGUAAAGAAUGUACUCUUGAAUGUGUUGGUUUGGUGUGUAUCAGUUGGCCAUGUGCUUUCCAGGUUGAAGUGGUUGAUGUACUUGUAUGACAAUUAAUGAUAUGGUCUGCUAAUUUCAUGUGAUUACAUGAAUGUCUAUUAAACUCAAAGUUUUGUAGUUACUACUUGAUUCCUUUUGUGGGAUUUAGAAGUCAAGACAGGCCUUUGGGCUACAUAAGAGAACUCUUUCAUUUCUUUUAACGUUCA